AUGAUUUCAAGCGAGAAUGGUGAUAAUAGUGUUGUAGCUCAGGAAUCUAAUAGUACAAAAGUCAAAAGUAAUGUUCCUUUGCACAUCUCAACAUCUCAAAGGGGUCUUGUAAGUGAUGAAAAUUCAGGAAAUGGGCUUGGUAACAGGUUUUCUGCUCUUUCUAAAAGGCUGAGAUUCCUUAAGUUUGGCAAUUUGUCUUCUCCAUCAGCAAAAUUUCAGCGGAUUGCUGAGGAGAGGGAUGAAGUCUCUCGCAGUGUACCUUCUUCUACCAGUCUUCACAUCCUUGAACGCUUUAAUAGGAUUUUUUCUCAGAAAAUUGAUUGGAAUUGUCUUGGGAAAAUUUGCAAAGAAUGGAUAAGGGAUCCCAUGAAUCUGGCUCUUUUUAUCUGGAUUACCUGUGUUGCUGUCUCUGGUGCUAUUCUGUUCAUGGUCAUGAUUGGGAUGUUGAACCAUGCCAUACCUAAGAAGUCUCAAAGAGAUACUUGGUUUGAAGUCAAUAAUCAAAUUCUCAAUGCACUGUUCACCCUGAUGUGUUUAUACCAACACCCAAAGCGAAUAUAUCACCUAGCCCUACUAUUGAGAUGGAGGCCCGAAGAUGUUUUAAAGCUCAGAAAAGACUACUGCAAGAAUGGCACUUAUAAGCCCCAUGAGUGGGCUCAUAUGAUGGUGGUUGUGGCUCUACUCAACCUUAAUUGUUUCGCUCAAUAUGCAUUAUGUGGUCUUAACUUGGGAUACAGGAGAUCUGAGCGACCAGCUAUUGGGGUUGGAAUAUGUAUCUCUGUUGCCAUUGGUGCCCCUGCAAUUGCUGGUAUUUACUCCAUGCUUAGUCCACUUGGGAAAGACUAUGAGACUGAGUUGGAUGAAGAAGCACAACUUCCAGUUACCACUGACGGAAGUAGCAAACCAGAUCAAUUGAGGAGACAAUCAUUUGAAAAGAGAUUUUCAUUUGCAUUGAGGGAUGAGGAAAGAAACGUUGAGAGUAGACCUCUGUGGAGUGGCGGUAUUCUUGAUUUUUGGGAUGAUAUUUCUUUAGCUUAUCUCUCACUAUUUUGUAGCUUCUGUGUUUUUGGAUGGAAUAUGGAGAGACUUGGGUUCGGUAACAUGUAUGUUCACAUUGUUACUUUUCUUCUAUUUUGUAUGGCUCCUUUUUGGAUUUUCAACCUGGCUGCCGUUAAUAUAGACAAUGAUACUGUCAGGGCAGCAUUAGGUGUUACCGGUAUUUUCCUUUGUGUAUUUGGGCUACUAUAUGGUGGUUUUUGGAGGAUUCAGAUGAGAAAGAGAUUUAAUUUGCCUCCAUAUAACUUUUGUUUCGGUAAAGCAGCUGUUGGUGACUUUGUUCUGUGGCUUUUCUGCUGUUGGUGUUCUCUAGCUCAGGAAGUACGGACAGGUAAUUCAUAUGAGAUUGUGGAGGAUAAGUUCUGCAAGAGAAAAGGUGACCAGUUGCCAAUGUCCUCUUUGCCUCGUGAAGAUAGGGAAUUUCAGUUUAGGUCCAACCCUAGUUCUCCUCUUGGUUACAGCUCCUCUCCAUCACAUAAUAUGAAAGCCAACUCCCCAAGUCCUAGCCGCUUUUCAAAGGGAUACCACAGUCCAGAAAGGCAGCUUUCUUUAAUUGAAGAAGAAUCUCAUAUGCAAGGUAAAGAUGAAAAGAUGACACCACCUUCACCUUCAGUAAUAAGGAGAGAAUAG